AUGGCAACAAAUACAGGUACAACACUUGGCAUGAGUAAAAAUUACAAUGAAAAUUCUUCUAAACAAUUGGCUGUAAUUAAUUCAAUGAAACCUUAUAUUUAUUUGGGUAUCGAUCAUUUAAAUAUUUCACCUACUUCUUCUCGCUUUAUCAUUGCUGAUUUUGGUUCAUCUCAUGGACAUAAUUCAAUACAAGCCAUAAAAAUAAUUAUUCAAUAUCUACAACAAUCAAACAAACUUUCUACAUCACCACUUGUUAUUCAUAAUGAUCUUCCAACAAAUGAUUGGACAACACUCUUUCAACUUCUUGCAGAAGACAAUUCGUAUCACGGUGUGGCUAAUGGUCAUUCAUUUUAUCAGCAAUGUCUUCCAUCAAAUUGUGUAUCAAUUGGCUUUUCAUCUACUUCAAUUCAUUGGCUAUCUAGAAUACCUUGUCAAAUCUCAAAUUAUCAGUUUUAUACUCUUGCUGCAGAGAAUGAAAGGCAAAAAUUCAAACAACAAGCAAAACUCGAUUUCGAUGCUUUUAUUGAACAUCGAGCUCGUGAACUUGUACCAGGUGGAAUAUUCAUUCUUAGUAUUCCUGGUGUUGAUCAUCAAGGAAUAGUGUCUGUUAGCCGGUACUUUGAGUUGCUCUACACAUGUGCACAAUUACUUUUCAAUACAAAAGAAUUGGCGGAUUUUACACUUCCUGUAUACUUUCGUAGCUUAUCUGAAUGUAUUGAUCAUGCACUGUUCGAUCGAUGUUCAUUACAAUUAAUUAAAGCAGAGUUAGGUGAAGUGGAAGCGCCUGCACUGCAACAAUAUCGAAAUAGACAAUUGUCACUUGAUCAACUUAUAAAAACAAGGAUAAAAGCCGUUCAAUCGAGUAUGGAAUUAUCCUUACAACAAGUAUUGGAAAAUAAUGAUCGUUCGAAAGAAGAAAUCGAUCGAUUGUUGAUAGAGUUUUGGACUUUAUAUGAAACGAAACUAAGAGAACAAUCACAUUUAUUCAUCUCUGAUAAGCCAUCGGUAUAUGGCUGUUUAAUUUUGAAAAAAAUCAAAGUAAUUGACAACUAA